ACGAGCAACUUUGGCAGCGUGAGGUCGCCCGUGUGGAUGCGUGGCCCCGUAAAAACAACAACAAACAACCGCCGAGUGGCAAUGUGCAAAAAUAAAAAAUCUAUAUAUAUUUUAAAUUGAAUAUAGAAAUCCGAAAACCCACACACGCACACACACACACACACCAGCGCAGGGCCAGAGAGCGCGAGCGGAAAUACUUAAAAAGCUGAAACAAAAAAGUGGAAGUAAAAAAGUGGCCGUAUCGGUGUGCGGCAGCUAGAAAGUGUGGCCAAAAGUGACAUCACACUCCGGUCGGUUAGCAAAAAAGCAGCAGCAGCAGCAGCAACAGCAACAGCAGCAGGAGCUAAAGCAUCAGGAACAUACGAGAAGCCCCAAUCGAAAUCGAGCGGUACUCGCACGCGUCGUCGCUCAAGGUGAGCCCGCGCCCGCACCCCUCUAUUAAAAGCCCCCGCCACCCCCGUGCACAGCAGUCCGCGUCCAAAAAUUAAUCUCAACAACUGGCACGACAAGUAGUCGCCGACGAAAAGUCACCGCCAAGUAUCAACAAAAGGAAAUAAAUUAAAAAAUUGUCGCUACGCAGCGAAACGUCGACGGAUUCGAUAGCGUUUAGGCCGAGCGGUACAAGCGGUACGAGCGGUACGGAUACGGAUACGAUUGCGAUUACGGUUACGCUCCACUCCUGGCCAGUGAUUCACCCAUGAAGCCCACUAUGAUGGCGGCCAAUCAGGCGCAAAGCAAUCCCGCCACCGCCGCCGGUAACAAUGUCUCACCCGGCGGGCCCGGAGUCAAUAUACCCGUGAACCGGGAGUACGUGAGUGGUGGCUACGGAUCGCCACAGCAGUCGGCACAGUACCACAGUCCCCAAAACGCAUACGGAUCGCCCAGGCAGCAGCAGCAGCACUUCCAGCAGCACCAGCAGGUUCCUCCAAAUCAGCAGCAGCAACAUUUUCAGCCGACCUUCGGAUUCGAACCUAACAUGGACAUGGACAACAUGUUCCCGCGCUCGCACCUGGGCAGGAUGCAUGAUCCCUUCGCCGGCUUCGGCGACUCACGUAAGCGGAGCAGUUUGCACGGACCCAGUGGUCAAGUCCAUGCUGAUGAUGACUUUCCAUCCUAUUUCGACGAUCCAGACUUUGGUUUCCCCCGUUUCUCAACGAUGGGCCGCCGAGGUCGGAUGCCCGGUGGGGCCAACACUCACAUGGACCACGAUGACGACUUCUUCAAUCGGCUGCCCUCGGAGUUCCGCCAGUACAUCCCAGAUGGUUUCGGAGGCAGACGUGGUCCAGGUGCUCCUCCUGCACCCGGACAAGUUCCACAGCAGCAGCAGCCACAGCCGCAAUAUACCCAACAGCAGCCCCAGACGCACUUCCAGUUUGGUGUGCCGCCCCAGCAACAGCAAGUCUAUGCGGGAUCAACCCAGCAGCAGGUGCCGCAGACGCCUUCGAAGCGUCUAUGCGAUGCUGCCAUCCAGACGGAGGAUCCUGCCGGUCGCUCGGAGGUCGAUUGUGCCCCGCCGGCUAACUUGAACCAGCACGGACUGCGAAACACUGUGGACAUGGGCGUGAAGAGUGCCGCCGAGCAGGAUCAGGGACUGCGCUCCCACUCCGCGCCUCCGCCAGAGCAGCAGAAUCUGCAGUAUCAGCAGCAGCAGCAUCAGCAGCCGGGAGCACAUAACCAACAGUUUGGCACCCAGACAAGUCCGCCCAUUCAGGGUCAGCAGUUCAAGACCUACUAUGCGCCCCACCAGCAGACGCAUCCACAGCAAAAGCAGCAGACUCCGCCGCCAGCGCCACAGACCCCAGGUGGCACCUAUGUGCGCACCAUACCCAUCUUCGUGGAGGGUCGCACCGAGCCCAUCAUCAAUGCCCACAAGGAGAUCCCCAACCAGAAUGCUCCGCCCAGUGCUCAGGCCCAAGCUCAGGCACAGGCAUAUGCGCAGGCACAGGCACAGCAACAGGCUCACGCUGCUCCACAGCAGCAGAGACCGACGCCACUGAACACGCAGCAGGUGCAUCCUGACCAGCAAGUGCCAGUUGAGGGAGCCGCUGGAUUGCCGCCACAGACGCCACACACCCUCAACUCGAUCAACAAGAUCCAGGACAUACAGCGCGACGUGCUGGAGCUCAUGGGCAAGGUGGAGCAGUUCAAGGGAACGCGCGAGGAGAAGGAGUACGCCUACCUGGACGAGAUGCUGACCCGCAACCUGCUUAAGCUAGACACCAUCGACACAAACGGCAAGGACAGCAUUCGUCUGGCCCGAAAGGAGGCUAUCAAAUGCAUUCAGGCUUCGAUAAAUGUGCUGGAGGCCAAGGCCGAGGAGAACGCCAGAGCGGCAUCAGGAGCAGCAGCUGCACCUAGCACCGCAGCUUUAGCGGUUGACACAGGUGCAGCUGCUGCCCCAGAAGCGGCCGGCCAAAAUGCGGAGCCAGUGACUCCACAGCCACAGGAUGCUACUAAACUGCAGGAACCCAUCCCUCUGCCAGCACCAUCAAAUGCGGCACCCGUGGAGGGUGCAGCUGCUCCGGAAGCAAACGCCGCGGAGGCUGCAGCUCCUGGUGUGGCGACCCAAUCCGUCGCGCAGUCGGAGGCAACCACAACGACGUCGGAAUGAUGAACACAGCGCCUGUACAAGGCGACCGUUUCGAAGCAGCUACGCAAAUUAACCAAAUUCAAGUGACAACAGGCGGAGGAUGGAGGCGAGUCCCGAUCCCGACUCAUCAACGGACAGCGACAGACUUGAUUUUACUGAAUUCAAAGUAAAUGUGAAUGUGAAUUGGAUGUGGAUGUGAGUGUGAAUAGGAGGAGCUGGCGACGAAUCUUUGCUAGUAUUUUGUAGAAGCACACCCGUACUAUCUAAACAUAUGCAAAUCUCACGUGUCGAACACUCAACACCCACUCAUCCCACACACGCACACACACACAGCAUAGAUUAUAGGCUAGUAAGAAAAUUGAUAUUGAGAAAAAGUGCCUGCUUAGAAUUCGGAAGUUAACAGAACGAAAACGAUUUGACAACAAGGGUUGCGAUUGCUACCGCAGCCCAGUUGUCCUUCACUUAAAAGAGCUGAUUAUGUUUAAGCGAUAGAUCACCAUGAGGAUAUUUUUGAACCCGAGUCCAGUUUUUAUACGUAAAUUGUGCCGAGGAGCAGCAACAGGGGCAGCAAGCCGCCGUAUGAUCUCAUACAAAUCUACAGCAAACGCGCUUGCUUGCCACAGCCACAGCCGUAGCCAGCCACCUCAUCCAUCCAAUCAAUCAACCGAGUGCACCACUCACGGCUUUGCUGCAGGUGAAUUGUUAAACGAAAGUAAACUCUUAUAGAAAAAACUAUGAUAACUAUUUAUGCUACUAAUUAAUGCGAAAAUAAAUGUAGAUAUUGUUGACCAUAAAA